AAAAGGCACUUCGCUUACCAGUUCUUUUCACCUUACACAGAGAGAGAGAGAGAGAGAGAGAGAGAGAUGGGAAAGAGAAGGGAUUUGUUGUUGGUGUUGGGCGUAGCAGUGUGUGUGGGGAUGUGUGGGUGUUGGGGCGAAAAUGCCAUGGAAAACGCGAGGGAGAGCAUGAAUGUGGCGGCUGGGAAUGCCAAGGUGAAAGCAGAUGAGGCCAAGCAAGGCGCUGCCGAAGCCAUGCAAGAAGCCAAGGACAAGUCUGACUCCUGGGCCGAUUGGGCUUAUGACACCUUCACUGAGGGAUUUGGAAUUGGAAAAGACAAUCCAAGUGAGGCAGGCCAAAAUAUGAUGGGUAAAGCUGGGGAUGUUGCGUCCAUGGCCACAAAUACAAUGAAUUCUGCUGCAUCUGAUAUAUCUAAUCUUACUUCUCAGAAGGCUGGGGAUGCAGCCAACAAGGCUCAGGAAAAGGCGGGCGAUGUAAAGAACUUUGCUUCUGAGAAAGCGGAUCAAACAAUAAGAAUGGCUACAGAUAAGGCUGGUGAUGCCAAAGAGACAAUGGAAAUGGCUAGAGAAACGGCCUCCAAUAGGGCUGCUGAUGCUCAAGAGACGAUGAUGGCGGGAGCAAAGGAUAAAUCGGCCAAUGCCUAUGAUGAAGCUGGACAGAAAAUGAACAUGGCUUCAGAGAAGGCUAAUGAUGCCAAAGAGGGCAUGGCAGGAUCGAUGGGGUAUGGAAAAGAAAAAGUGGCGAAUGCCUAUGAUGAAGCUAAGGAGAAAAUAAACGUGGGUUUAAAUAUGGGCUCAGAUAAGGCCUAUGAUGCCAAGGAGAUGAUGGCUGGAGCAGUGCCUUACGGAAAAGAUAAAGCCGCUGAUGUCUAUGAGGAAGCUAAGCAGAAAUUAAACGUGGCUUCAGAUGAUGCCAGAGAGACAAUGGUCGCCGGAGCAAUGGGAUGUGGAAAAGAUAAAGCGGCCAAUGCAUUUGACAAAGCUAAGCAUCAGGUGGAGGACUCAUACAGCUCAGCCAAGGCGACCAUGACUGAACAGGCCAAGAUUAAUUAUGAGGCUGCGAAGGAUAAGGCUUCUCAGGCCGCAGGUGAUCUUGGUGCGAAGAUGAGGCAGCAUAGUCCAGAGCUAUGAAGCGGAUCCAUCAUCAAUUUUCUGCAUUGUCUCCAUGAAGUACUCAUCUGUGAGUUCAUGUUUACUGUUAUGUUCCUUCUGCUAUGAUGAUAUGUUUUCCGAAACAUAUUUAGGAUACUGAAUUUUCUGUCUGAAGAAGUACACUUAUUCUUGUAUGACUUUUUUUCUC